UGUUCUGUAUUAUUCAAUUCUAGCUUCUCAUGAAAAGAUUCCUCCUUUUUCAUUCUCAGGAAGAAGAGACCCCAUAAAUUAUAGAAGCAGGGGAAAGAAAAUAUUAGAAAACCCCCAGAACACCCAUCACCUCCUUGCAUUCGUAUCUUAGAUCUCCUUCAUCGUCUCCAACUCUCCAUUAUAUAUUCCUUCACCUCUUCUUCUUUCUGGUCUUAAUUUCUUCCUUCUUUCUUCAUGGCUGCAGAGUUAAAUUCCGACUCCACUAACAAUCUCAGUAUCAUCGUCGAACGGAAUCCAUCAGAUUCACGCUUAGCUGAAUUGGGUAUCAAGUCAUGGCCUAAAUGGGGAUGCCCACCAGGAAAGUUUCCACUGAAAUUUGAUGCAAGAGAGACCUGUUAUUUACUGAAAGGAAAAGUGAGAGCAUACACAAAAGGAUCGUCUGAGUACGUGGAGUUUGGCGCUGGAGAUCUUGUGAUCAUACCCAAGGGAUUAAGUUGCACCUGGGACGUAACAGUUUCCGUUGAUAAGCACUAUCAAUUUGAUUCGUCCUCCUCUACUUCUACUUAGUAAUUUGACAAUUUCCUCCAUCCCCAGAUCAUACACAGUCUAGUUCUCUUCCUCCCCUCAAUUUCCUUCUUUAUUUAAUCUCAACUAGUUGUCUUGUUUGAGCUCAUGUUAAUAUUCUAUCAACUUACAAAGCUGGUAAUGCUUUGGAUGCCAUAGUCAAAGAAAGGAAAUACAAAUAAUCAGUCAGUCAAUGUUCA